GGAAGUGGGGGCAUCUUCCGGUGGCGGAAGCUUCGCGCGGGGUUCGUGUUGCGCAGGCGGGAAAGUGACCCCCGGUGCCUCCGGCUCGGCCGACGCCCGGUGCUCGCCGGCUGCAGCGGGGUGCUGACGGCCCUGGGCAUCCUCCCCGCCGGGUCCCGCCGCCCCAGGCGCUGCCCUGCCAGCUGGGCGCGGGCCGCAGGGGGCAGGAGCUGCCAUGGCCGACACGCUGGAGUUCAACGAGAUCUACCAGGAAGUGAAAGGGUCCAUGAAUGAUGGGCGGUUGCGCCUGAGUCGCCAAGGUGUGAUCUUCAAGAACAGCAAGACAGGCAAAGUGGACAACAUCCAAGCUUCGGAGCUGUCGGAGGGUGUCUGGCGCCGUGUGGCGCUGGGCCAUGGUCUCAAACUGAUUACCAAAAAUGGCCACGUCUACAAGUAUGAUGGUUUCAGGGAAUCGGAGUUUGACAAACUCUCAGAUUUCUUUAAAUCGCACUAUCGCCUGGAACUGGCAGAGAAGGACCUGUGUGUGAAAGGGUGGAACUGGGGAACUGUGCGGUUUGGAGGCCAGCUUCUCUCCUUUGACAUUGGGGAGCAGCCAGUGUUUGAGAUCCCUCUCAGCAAUGUGUCACAGUGUACAACGGGCAAGAAUGAAGUGACGUUGGAGUUCCAUCAAAAUGACGAUGCUGAGGUGUCCCUCAUGGAGGUGCGCUUCUACGUCCCUCCCACACAGGAGGACGGUGUGGACCCUGUGGAGGCGUUUGCCCAGAACGUGCUCUCCAAGGCAGAUGUCAUCCAAGCAACUGGGGACGCCAUCUGCAUAUUCCGGGAGUUGCAGUGCCUGACGCCACGUGGUCGCUACGAUAUUCGCAUUUACCCCACUUUUCUGCAUCUGCAUGGCAAGACCUUUGACUAUAAGAUUCCCUACACCACUGUGCUGCGGCUCUUCCUGCUGCCCCACAAGGACCAACGGCAGAUGUUUUUUGUGAUCAGCUUGGACCCUCCGAUAAAGCAGGGCCAGACGCGCUACCACUUCCUGAUCCUGCUGUUCUCCAAGGAUGAGGACAUCUCUCUGACUCUUAACAUGAAUGAGGAGGAGGUGGAGAAGCGAUUUGAGGGCCGGCUCACGAAAAAUAUGUCCGGCUCCCUGUACGAGAUGGUCAGCCGGGUCAUGAAAGCGCUAGUGAACCGCAAGAUCACUGUACCUGGCAACUUCCAGGGGCACUCAGGGGCCCAGUGCAUCACCUGCUCCUACAAGGCCAGCUCAGGGCUGCUGUACCCACUGGAGCGUGGGUUCAUCUACGUGCACAAGCCCCCUGUGCACAUCCGCUUUGACGAGAUCUCCUUUGUCAACUUUGCCCGUGGGACCACUACCACCCGCUCCUUUGACUUUGAGAUUGAGACCAAGCAGGCCACACAGUACACCUUCAGCAGCAUAGAACGGGAAGAGUAUGGGAAGCUUUUUGACUUUGUCAAUGCCAAGAAGCUGAACAUCAAGAACCGAGGACACAAGGAGGACAUCAAGCAGAGCUACGAUGAAUAUGCUGAUUCAGAUGAGGACCAGCAUGACGCCUACCUGGAGAGGAUGAAGGAAGAGGGCAAGAUCCGUGAGGAGAAUGCCAAUGACAGCAGCGAUGAGUCUGGGGAAGAGACAGAUGAGUCAUUCAACCCUGGGGAGGAGGAUGAUGAUGUGGCAGAGGAAUUCAACAGCCAUCCCUCAGCCAGCUCCUCUAGUGGUGAUGGUGACAGUGACCGUGACGAGAAGAAACCAGCCAAGAAGGCCAAGAUUGUCAGGGAGCGCAAACCUCGCAAGAAACAGUUGGAGGGUAAGAAAAGCAAGGACCCCGAUGCCCCUAAGCGGCCAAUGUCUGCCUACAUGCUCUGGCUAAAUGCUAGUCGUGAGAAGAUAAAAUCAGACCACCCUGGCAUCAGCAUCACUGACUUGUCCAAGAAGGCUGGGGAGCUCUGGAAGGCCAUGUCCAGGGAGAAGAAAGAGGUGUGGGAACGCAAGGCAGAAGAUGCCAAGAGAGACUAUGAGAAGGCCAUGAAAGAAUACAGUGUUGGGGGCAAAUCAGAGAGCUCCAGGACGGAGAAGUCAAAAAAGAAGAAGAAGAAGCAGGAGAAACAGGUGAAGGGGAAAGUGGAGAAGAAGGGGGUGUCUUCCAAGUCUCCAUCUUCGAAGUCCCCAGUCAAGCCCACCACUGAAAGCUUCAAGAGCAAGGAGUUUGUCUCCAGUGAUGAAAGCUCCUCAGGCGAGAGCAAGAAGGAGGACUCGGAGGAGGAGGAGAUUGCCAGCACACCCCCCAGCUCAGAGGACUCAGCAUCUGGCUCAGAUUAGAGAACCUACCCCUGCCCUCCCUUCAGCCCUGCCCCUUGAGCCAAUGGCACUCUUCUUAGGUCAGCAGGGCAAGGCCCAGUCCUCUGCACCCAGGUUUCCCGUCAUCCAACUGGGAGGACUGGAGGGGUGGGUGUCAUACUGAGGUCUACACCAUUGGCUAGAACCAGACCUUGGCUCUGCUCCUUCCCUGAUGCCUCUGCCCUGGCCCCAGCCACCUCCUGCUGUGUCCUGCUCCCUGAGCUCUACCAUCCUUCACAGCUCCUGCUGGUGAGGGUUUAGGAAGCACACACUUCCUUUCUUUGCAUGUCACUGAAGGUUACUUGGGGGGUCCUUUGUGUGAUAGGCUGUGAAGAGUGUGGUGGGGGAGUGUUGGGGAGGUGGCUGCAAGGGCUCCUAGGCCCCUCGCUUUCUUGCCCUAUCAGUGUUUUUAUGUUCCGAUUUGUUUCUUUUUUUUGUAUUUCUGGGCUGCCACAUGGGUUGAAUUAAAAAUCAAGUGUCUUUGGA